AAAUUGCAUGUCGGAGCGGCAGUGAAGGCCAUGGCGGAUAGCGACUUCGAGUAAACCUGAUUUUUUUCUUCCCAAGAGAUUUUUUUUGCGCUUGAAAUGUUGUAGUUUCUUUUUGAUGUCGAGCUACUCAUGUACUUUGGUUUUUGUUGAAAAUGAAAACAAUUUUUUUGAUUGACAAAAACUACAGCGACGCCAGCAAGGGCGGCGAUGGACAGUUGUCCCCGCGCGGCGCAGGAGGCGGCACCGGCGGCGGAACCUGCCGCGUUUGCCACGCGCUACUAGAGGAGGAUAAACUCACCGACACGCGCGCAGUGGAGAAGAGCACAAGGGUAGAUACUGGAUAAUUCGAAUUUCUAUGCUGACAAGUUGUGCGUUCAUUCACUUGUGAUGUAGUCGAUUUGGAUUGACAGAUCAUUCAGCUUCAAGACUUGAUCAUAUGCUUGGAAGUGGAUCGCACAGAUGAACUUCAGGUCAAUAUUAACGUCAAUCUUCUUUACUCCAUGCAAUCGACUAAAAAGGUAAUUCUGGGGCUCAUGAGCCACUACUCGGAGACGUUGUUGAGCGUGAUAAAGCGUGGGCCGCAGACCCGGGACGUGGAGCUGAAGCGGCACGCGGACGACAGCGACCACGAGGGAGAGGAGGAGGACACAAUCUUCACCUGCUACUGCAUCAGCAUGUCCAUUCUGGUAGUCGUCCUCAUCAUCGGCGCGUCUGUCGGUAUUUACUUCGUCGCCACGAAGGGGAAGUCUUCCUCCAGUAGUUCCUUUCUCGAGCAGAGUGGCACAACCGCGGAACUUUACAACCCCCUGAAUGUGCUCGGCGCUUUUCUCGGGUUGCAGUGAGGUGGACGAAACGAAUAAAAUUGGACGGUGUACGUAAUAGGAGAAAAAAACGACCGCGAAGGCUUUGUUCUUUUCGCGCGUUGUUUUUAUGAAUACUUGUAGCAAAGACGAACCCUCAACACAGUCACUGUCACAGCUUCCAAGAAAAAGUUGUGUGGGUUGGAUUUUUUUUCAAGCCUUCUCGUACAAGAAUCUUUCGGUGGAUGCUUGUGCCAGGGUUGUACAACUUCCAUACUAUGGACCAGCAUCAGGGAUUAAACUUUGUUAGUUUAAGAGAAAGCUACUGUCUCCUGUAUCCCCGAGUAAAAAUUCUACACAUAGAAGUUGUCGCUGUCAAGCGCGCGCUCCUUAUUUCGUACUAGGGAGAGGUUUGGCUAGGCAGUCUAGAAAUACAAAUAGUUUUUGUACUAAUGCGUUGUUCUUUUUUGAGUACAGUAACAGUGUUUACGUUUUGAUUUUAUCAAACACAGUUCUUAGAGGACUAUACCCGAAAUAAAUCAUGUACAUUCGAAAUUGACUUUGACGGCCCGCCUCCGUCAACUUUCACAUCUGGUUCGCCCCCACAUUUAGAUAGUCACAGGAACACGACCCUUAUUCUGUAUGUAAAAAGUAUGCAAUGGAUAUCGGCGUUGCAUCUCGUAGUUUCACCGCUGCGAAGGGAAGGUCUUCCCUUCGUCUGGCGUCUUUACAUUAAGGAAACGUAACUACAAAAAGAGUCUGCGAUGCAUUCGCCAACGAGGCGACUGCGACCACGACAGGCGGUGCCGAGUAAGUAGACGCAGAUAGCAUCGCAACCUUGUUGCACAGCUUCCAUCUUGACUGGCACCUCUGGAAGAACCCGGAACAGACGAACUUUUGCUUGUUACCUGUUGUUUUGUAGCCCAAAUCAAGUAAAGCAAAAACAGCUCAGCG